AUGGAGAAAGACGGUAGGAAACCGAAGACCUUUGUGUCCACCUUCCGGUUGGCCCUCAAGCCUCAAAAGCAACCUAUCGGUGUGAAGAAGCAGAGAGAGAAUGGACUGGAUGCAACAAACAGGACUUUGAUGGGAAACAACAAACCGGGAAUCCCAUCUGCAACAGAUUCCAGGCAGACAAAAGCUCAGAGUCUGGAAGUGCCUCACUUCAAAGAACCACUCAGGGACUGUACAGUCCGUGAUGGAAGUGAUGCUACUUUUCAAGGUGUUAUCACCGGAAGUCAACCUCUGAGCAUUUCCUGGCUACACAAUGGUGAGAAGUUGCAUUCAAAUAAGACUUCAUUCAAAAAUAGUAUUGCCAGUCUAAGCCUGUCUGAGUGUUCACUUGUAAAUGCUGGUACGUACACCUGCAUAGCUGAGAAUGCUGCAGGAAAACUGUCAAGCAGUGCUUCAUUACACAUCACAGCAACAAAGGAAAUCCUCAGUACAAACCACCAUGAGGUCACAUCUAAGGCUGCGUCACUCGGUAACACAGGAUUGUCCUCAGCUUCUAAAGGAGAAAGCAAAAAGGAAAAGGACAAAGUCUCCACAGGUAUCAAAGAUAACAACCCUCAAACAAAAGUCUCCACCAGCAAAGGGCCUCCGGUGGAGUUUCUGGACCCACCUGAGCAGGUGGAGGUUCGAGUGGGCGAACAGGCCCGACUACGCUGUGAGUUCAGGAGCAGCUCCACACCUGUGGCCUGUUGCUGGAUUUACAACAGAGACAAGGUGGUAGCAGGAUGCCAACGGAUUUCAGUCAACAGCACCAAGACACAGAGCAGCAUUGAGAUCUCUCACGCCGUUCCAGAAGACACAGGAUUGUACACUGUUGUUGUACGAAACAGAACCGGAUCCGCUCAGCACACAGUUUCCCUCAGUGUCAUAGACCGGCCUGAUCCGCCAGCAUCCCAUCCUGUUGUUUCCCAGCUGUCCACCUCAUCCCUGGUCCUGUCCUGGACUGGUCCCAGCUACGACGGAGGCACAGCUGUGUUGGGUUACAUCGUAGAGGCCAGUCAAGGAGGUCCAGACAGUCCUAGUAGCUGGACUCAACUAAUAAGCCGCUGUAAGAACACGUCCCACCACAUCCGCUCGGGCCUGGAACCUCAGGGGCAGUACCGCUUCCGAGUCAGAGCUUACAACUCGGCGGGGACCAGUGAACCGAGCCAGGAGUCCGACUUUGUGAAGAUGGCAACUGCAAAGGAAAAGAAAGAAGAGCCAGAGUCGUACAUCACAGUGAUCACAGACACCAAACAUAAAAUCAAGGAGCACUACGAUGUGCAUGAGAAGCUGGGAGUUGGAAAAUUUGGCGAUGUGCACCGACUGACCCACAAAGAGACAGGCCAGGUGUGCGCGGGAAAGUUCUACCGAGCCCGGUCCUCCAAGGAGAAGGCGACAGCUCGCAAGGAGAUCGAACUGAUGAACAAGCUUCACCACCCGAAACUUGUGCAGUGUCUGGCUGCCUACGAUACCCGGUCUGAGCUGGUCAUGGUCAUGGAGUACAUUGAAGGCGGCGAGCUCUUUGAACGCAUCGUGGAUGAGAACUUCGAGCACACGGAGCCCACCAGUGCCCGCUACAUGCAGCAGAUCCUGGAGGGCAUGCAGUACGUCCACAAGCAGAACAUCGUCCACCUGGACCUCAAACCAGAGAACAUCGUCUGCGUGGACACGACUGGUACACGGAUCAAGAUCAUCGACUUUGGCUUGGCGAGUGAACUGGAGGAGGGUAAACCUCUGAUGGUGCUGCACGGUACGCCUGAGUUUGUGGCCCCCGAGGUGAUCAACUAUGAGCCUGUGGGCCUGGAGACCGACAUGUGGAGCAUUGGAGUCAUCUGCUUCAUCUUGCUCAGUGGAGAAUCCCCCUUCCAGGGAAACAGUGAUGCUGAGACUUUUACUCUUGUGACUGCUGCCCGUUACGAGUUCGAUGAGGAGAGUUUUGAGGACAUCUCGGAUCAAGCUAAAGACUUUAUCAGCUCGCUGCUAAAGAAAGAUUGCAGAGGCAGGUUAUCUUGUACCGAAGCCCUCGCUCACCCUUGGAUGGCCUCUUUCACCCCUCUGAGCCGCAGACCCACCAAGUCCCUCAAUAAGGAGAAGAUGAGACAUUUUCUGGCCAAGCGCAAGUGGAAGAAAACUGGCAAGGCUGUUUUGGCCCUACAGCGAAUGGCUAACCUCUCCAGCAGGCCAGACUCUCCUGGCAGCUCCUCAGAGGAGCCAGGCUGGAGCCAGGAGGCAGAGGAGGCCAUCCAGUCGCUGGAGAAGCAGCUUCACAUCGAGCCUCGCUUCCAGCAGGCCCUGAAGGACGCCACCCUUCCCAAGGGAGCCACCGCUCAGCUAACAUGCCUUGUCAAUGGUUACCCGCAGCCGGAGGUGAAGUGGCUUCAGAAUGAGAAGCCGGUGUCUGAAUCGUGCAGAGUGACCAUGGAGCAACAAGAAGACGGACGCUGCUCUCUGGUUCUGGCUGAUCUGGAGCCUUCAGACUCCGGGGUUUAUGUGUGCAGAGCCAGUAACAAGCUGGGGGAAGCGAUGUGCUCUGCCAAACUCAAAGUGGAGCAGUGAGGGGAAAGAAAACGGACUUAACAAUUUAAGAUUUCCCUUCAUUUGAGUCAUGGUCAUGUCAGUUCAUGGAUGGACUGUUAGUCACAUAAUUUCCACGCAAAAAUGGUGUUUUGUCAUCGUCUGCCACCAAGGGGGAUAAUAAGGUUUGGACACACAACUGCAUCACCUGUUAUCAGUGCACUUUUGAAGUUUGUAUUAUGUGUUCAGCAACUGAUGCACAAAAGUCACAUGAAAAGCGUACAUUUUGCAUAUUUAAAUAUUGUUUAAAUGUUUUAAAGGCACUGAAAUUAAAGCAUGAGUUUCGAAACAAAACA